UUAUACAACUCCUGCGCAACUAUUGCUUCCAAAUAAAGUUAAUUAUAAAUCGCCAAAUAAGUAAUCAACUACACUGAAAGGAAUUUCAGCUACCAAACUAGCGACGAUAUAAACGCUAAAUAAAAUGUGGAACUCUUAGAUAUUAAAAUAAAGCAUUUUUGCUUUUGACUAGUUUUGCAACACUGCAUUUUCCGCAAGCGAGGAGGAGGCACCGGCACCUUUGGCCACAAUGGAUAUCCCAGAUGCUGGACGCAUAAUCCGUGCGCCUGCUCGACGCAAACGCAACGAUGAACAGCUUAUGGACAGGAUAAAACUCAAAAAAGUCUUGGGCCUAACUGUUUGCAGCAAUGCGGCGUUGGAUGUGUCGCCCGUCAGCGGCCUGCUGGCCUAUCCAGCGGGAUGCACAGUGGUGCUGUUCAAUGCCAAGCGGAAUACACAGGCUUAUCUGGUCAAUACCUCCCGCAAGGGAUUCACAUGCGUGGCCUUCUCGCGAUGCGGCCGUUAUGUAGCCACAGGCGAGUGUGGCAUCAAUCCUGCCAUCAAAGUCUGGGAACUGGAGACGCCCAAUGGCAAUCUGGAUAACUGCAGCGGCGGCAACGUUGUCGCCGAGUUUGUGGAUCACAAAUAUGCCGCCACAUGUGUGGCAUUUUCGCCCAAUGGCAAGUACCUGGUCUCUGUGGGCUCGCAGCACGACAUGAUUGUCAAUGUGUACGAUUGGCGUGCCCAUCUGAAAAUGGCUUCCAACAAAAUCAGCACCAAAGUGUCCGCCGUUUGUUUCGCUGAGGAUGGCAGCUACUUUGUCACCGUGGGCAUGCGUCACGUCAAAUACUGGUACUUGGAGGGUGCACGUAAGUACAAAGAUCCGGUGCCGCUAAUGGGCCGCAGCGCCAUUCUGGGCGAUCUUCGCGACAAUGACUUCUGUGCUGUGGCCUGCGGCAAGGGCAUCUGUUCGGAGAGCACGUACGCCAUCACACGGCAGGGUCACCUGGUGGAGUUCAGCUCGAGGCGGCUGCUCGACAAGUGGGUGCAGUGCCGCACCAGCAACGCCAGCUGCAUUUGCGUCAACGAGCAAUUUAUUCUAGUUGGCUGCGCCGAGUCCAUCAUACGCAUCUUUAAUGCUGCCACUCUGGAAUACGUGACAACCCUGCCUCGAACACAUUACCUGGGCGUCGAUGUCGCCCAGGGUAUUCAGAUCAAUCACAUUAUGUCUGUGCCCCAGCAAGCCAAGUUUCCCGAUUGUAUUGCCAUGGUCUUUGACGAGCAGCGUUCCAAGGUGAGCUGCGUCUACAACGAUCACUCGCUGUACAUCUGGGAUCUGCGCGAUGUGUCGCGAGUGGGCAAGUCGCACUCAUUCCUGUAUCACUCCACGUGCAUUUGGGGCGUGGAGACUGUGCCAUAUAACGUAGAGCGCGAGCCAUCGCAGACGUUGCCCGAGGACUGUUUUGUGACAUGCUCAUCGGAUGAUACGAUACGCGUGUGGGGCCUAGACAGUUGUGCCAACAAUGAGAUAUAUCGCAAGAAUAUCUACUCCAAAGACCUACUCAAGAUCAUCUACAGCGACGACGAGUUGCAGUACAUCAAGGAUCAGGGCUCCUCGCUCUUCGACAAAACGGGCAACUCCAGCUACGAUGGACGCAACGGUGUGCGCUGCAUCAAAAUCAGUCCCGAGCUGCAGCACUUGGCCAGCGGUGAUCGCUGUGGCAACAUACGUGUCUACAGCCUGACAAAUCUCAAGUUGCUGACCACCAUCGAGGCGCAUGAGUCGGAGGUGCUGUGUCUGGAGUACUCAAAUGAUAAGAUUGAACGAAAGCUGCUCGCCAGCGCCAGUCGCGAUCGUCUCAUCCAUGUGUUCGAUGUGUCGCAGAAUUAUCUGCUGCUGCAGACCUUGGAUGAUCACAGCUCCUCGAUCACGUCCAUCAAAUUUGUGGGCGCUGGCCUCAAUUUUCAGAUGAUCAGCUGCGGGGCAGACAAGUCAAUUAUGUUUCGCAGUUUUCAGGGUAACAUUUUUAUGCGCGGCACGAACACGUCGGGAAAGACAACGCUCUACGACAUGGAGGUAGACUCGAAUGCCAAGCAUAUUUUGACCGCUUGCCAAGAUCGCAAUGUUCGUGUCUAUGGCACUCAGAAUGCGAAGCAAACGAAAACCUUUAAGGGCUCCCACUCGGAGGAGGGCAGUCUGAUCAAGUUGAGUCUGGAUCCGAGCGGCAUUUAUGUGGCCACCUCCUGCACGGAUAAGACGCUCGCCGUCUACGAUUACUACUCCAGCGAGUGCAUGGCACGCAUGUACGGCCACAGUGAGCUGGUGACGGGUCUGAAGUUCACCAACGAUUGUCGCCACCUCAUCUCGGCCAGUGGCGAUGGCUGCAUAUUCAUCUGGCAGGUGCCGCACGACAUGAUCGUCACAAUGCAGGCACGCAUGUCCCAGCAGCGACUGCGCUCCGGCAUUGCACCGCUGCAACGUCAAGUGGCGCCCAUCUCGCCACCGGAUGCCAUUGUGGUGGAGUCACCCACCAGCGAACUGGAGCACCAGCAGCUGUCGCCCAAGUUCAUAGUGCCCGAGGAGCCGCAAUCGAAUCGCAAUACCUAUCGGCUCUCGGACGUUGGCCAGCUGCCCCAGUGGGCCAUGCGCAAGGCGGCGGCGGCAAACUCGGAGAGCGGCGCCCUAUCCAUACCCACGCCACUUGUUAGCGGCUUGUCGUCUGCCACGCUGCACACGGCCUCGUCCAUGGGCAACCUGAGUUCAGCGUCCAGUCAACAGCUGGGCGUGAAGGCGCCCCGGCCACGUGGACGCUGGUCACAGCGCAGCCAGCUGGAAACGGAGGAUGUGCGCUCGAAUUCGGAGAGUCCGUUGGGCACUGUCUCCUCGGUGGGUGGUCAUAGCGCGACCAAUGUACAAACCUCUGAUUAUAAUAGCGCCUCUUCCAAGGACAUUAUGUUCAAUCAGACGUAUCUGAGCGAGGACUCGUCCAUUGACUCGGGCAUGGAGACGCGGCGCGAACUCAUGUUCAUUGGCAGCAACAACAAUGGCACCAUCUCCACCGUCUCAGCUGCCACGGCAUCCAGCAAUGGUGCCCCAGCCACCGUUGGAGUUGGUCAGCAGCGUCUCCAGCCCGAUAAGCGCAAGGUUGGACUCCGCUUCGACACACACAGUCACGAUCACGACGGCGAUGUGGAGGACAUUUCGGAUGGCGAACGCACCAGCUCAGAUCAUGGCAUGUUCUACAACAAUAUGUUGCCCAGCACGCCAACGGACUUCAAGGUGACCGCCAUGAAUGAGGAUGAGCUGCGAAAAUCGGUGCGUCGCCAAAAGUUUGAGAAAACCGGUCUUCAAUUGGCCACCGCCGGCAAUGGCAGCUCGCACACGGCAAGCACCGGAACUGGGACGGGCACAUCGGACACGGAGGACGAGGGCUCCACGCCCAGUGCGGAGAAUGCGGAACGGUCACUGGCCUCAACGUUGGGCGGCAGCUCUGAAAAUUUGCCACAGACCACGAAUAGUUUUCUGCAUGCGGCAUUGCCGGAAGGACCGGGCACGUUGCUGGAGCGUGGCACAAGCAGUCGUCGCAGCAUCAGUGCCAAGCACAAUACUGAAAAUGGAAAGGUUGUCCCAGCGCCGCCUACCAUCACAAAGUCAUACACAAGCACCAAGAAGGAGGAGCUGCUGCAGGUCAUCAACAAGGUCAAACAGCAGCUGGAGAAUGGUACGCGCAAAAAUGACAGUAAAAAGUUAAAUGUAAUUGCCGAGGUCGGCCAUAGACCGCUGCGAGGCAGCCACAGCAUUUCGGAUCUGAGUCUGGCUGGCAAUCUGGAUGGGUCUCGCAACUCGGGGCCAGCACGCUAUCAGAAGUCAGUUGAUUCCCAUGAUACUUCACAGUAUAUUAGUAGGUCCACUAACCCAUCUGUAAUGCAACAUCAACAACAACAACAACAUCUUCCUCAACCUCCAUCAAAACAACAGCAACAACAUCAGCCACAAGUCUCUGUUCAGCAAUUCUUCAACUGUGCCGCGUCCAAAUCGAAGCUGCAACAAAACUUUCAAACAAUGCGCCAAGUGCAGCAGCAUUAUCCACCCUAUCCGCAUCAUGUGGGCGUGCAUCAGAUCCACCCACCACCUGGUGUGCCCUUUGGUCACGGCAACGCCUCCUACGUCACCUCCUCGAACACAUCCAGGCAACAGCCGAAGUACGCGGCACAAACAGCGCCCCGGUUGAGCGCCGCCAAGCGCAAUCCAGCUGGCAACAAUCGUCGUACCCCAAGCAUUCUUAAGCAUUACAAAUCCUGUCCCGUUUCGCCUGUGCACGAGGAGGUGGAGUGGUCGGUGGAGUCGGAGCGUUCCAUACCCACAGAGCCAAAGCGACACUCGGUCUAUGCGGACGAUGCACGGACAAUUCUCGACAUGAUUCAUAUGGACACCGAGAAGAUGAUUGACGAGAUAACGCGCAAAUAUGGUGAUCUGGAUGAGCCAUCCAGAUAUGCUGCACUGCCCUCAUCAGCCUCAAUGCCGGCCAAUUUGCGUGCCCUGGACGGCUCCACAGGCGAUACAACGCCAACGGCGACGCCACCCCAAAGCGGACGCACCCAGUAUUAUGUUUACCGCGAGAUCUAUCAGUGCGAGCGGAAAGUCUCCCUCUCGGACAUCCUGAAGCCCGAUCAGUUUGCUGCCACUCAGCAGCAACAGCUGCAGCAGCAGCAGCAGCGCCUCGAAGAGGCACGCUUCCUGGAGACACAGCGCCAUUCCAGCGCCAGCUUCUUCCUCAGCAGCUCCGGCCAGCUGCCGCACGAGCUCAGCCAGGAGUCACUGCUAUCCGACGGCGGCAGCUACUGCAACAGCCUGGAGAGCGUGCUCUCCGACGAGAGCGACUGCAAGAGUGCCCCACUGGAGCCGCCACUCCAAGCAAUGCAGUGCCACGCCGGCAUACGCAACUUCAUAAUCCACGGCCCGGUGUCCAAGUCGUACGGCAGCAGUCCCAAUGCCUAUGGCAGCUUUGACUACUAUAUGCGCCAGAAGACUUCGGCCAGAGCGGCAGCUGCCUUCGACAGUUUCGAUGUGACCGGCUACAAUCUGCAGCCCCUGAAGCCGUUGCCCAACUCCAAGACUUAUCCACGUCUGGCCUCAGUUCCGCAACCGCAAGCAGCACCAGCUGGCGUGGAGCACAUUCCCACAAUGCGAUCCAAGAACAAGCAGUACAAUUCCGGAGUAAAUAAAAGUCUCAGCACGGACUUUGCCCAGCAGCGUCAGCAGCGCAAUUCAAAUCCCCUCUCACAGUCCCACGCCCAACCAUAUAACCAAGCCCAAGUCCAAUCCCACGCCCAUUCACACGCCCAUUCCCACUCUCAAUCUCAAUCUCAAUCUGUAUCUCAAUCGCAAUCCCGUUCCAAUGACCAGUUGAUGUUUGUGCGCAAACAAAUGCCAAAACCUCCAAUACCCGCUAAGCCCCACAAUCUGGUGUCGACGCUGACCUGCAACGUGGAGAAGAAGCAGUCGUCCUGCGUGGGCAGCUCGAGAACGGCCAGCGUUGUGCGUCAAUUCGAGCACAAUCUGCUCAAGUUUGAGCGCGAGAAGCAGCGAGCCCAGCACCGUCCGCAGGCGGCCAUGAGGAGUAGUGUUAGUAGUGGCGCCCUCGCCACGCACAGCUGCCUGAAGAAAGUGUCGCGCUUCGACACCAGGGACAGCAACAACUGGCGCGCCUCGAGUGUGAGGCAGAAGGCGCGUCCCAAGAUCAGUGUUCGCUUCAAUACCGUCUCGCAAAUCAAGUAUACGCCCAGUGCAAAGCGGGAGCGCGCCAAUCUCAACGAUGAUGGGGACAGCAACAGCAACAGCAACAGCAAUAGCAACAGCAACAACGAAAUGGAGUCGGAGCUAGAGGCUACGCUGGAUGAGCAGCAGAGUCAUGAUAUGAUGGAUGCACCCAUCGUGGGCAGUUUGCCAAGCAACUAUGGAGCCGAGCGGAGUUUUGAAAUGUUCUUUGCCGAGAAUGGGAAUGCGCCCGAGAAUCUGGAGCAUAUGCACAGCCUGAAGCUGUACACAAAGCCACAGCUGCAGGCAGUGGUGGACGAGGUGCAGCUGGAGCGAGCCAAGCACAAAAAGAACAUGGACAAUGUGGAGCGUUGCUCGGGUGCCGGCAACUCCACCAGCCACCAGUGCCAAAACAUAGCCAAGAAGAUUGACAUCAUCGAGAAGCUAAUUGGCAUGGAGGAGCGCAAAAUGGAGCAGAUACGCAUGGCGACAGAGACACGCUUGCGUCCCUUUGCCUGCAACUCGAAGCAGAAGGGUUACGUGAAGAGUCUGACUAUGAACUUUGAUAUGCUGGCCCGGGCCCAGGAUCAGCAGCAACUCGCGGAGCAGCUGUUGCCCUCCAGCGAUGCGGAUCUCUGUGCAUAUGCUCGACACAUUCGUCGGAACUGCAGCUUGCCGGAUGUGCUUGAGAGCGCUGACUUUAACUAUCACGAUAAUGGCAGCAACGAUGUCGAACUAGCCAAGGAAGUGGUUGCCGAUGACGAAGACGAUGCAGAUGAUGAUGAUGACGACGACGAUGACGCUGAUGAUGAUGAUGAUGAUGUUGCAAGCAACCAAAGACGCAUUUACCAUGAGCGCAAUGCAAAUGUGAAUGCUAAUGGCGCUAAAGAUGAUGAUCAUCAGGAGUUGAGCGUUGAGCGCCUAAAAGGUAAUCCCAAAGUGCUCAAUCCCAUACCCAUUGAGGAGUCGUCGAUUCGUCGCGCCUGCUCCCUGAGUGAUCUGCAUAUGGGCAACUUUGGCAAGCCCAGCAAGUCCAAUGGAACACCACAGAAGCCCACAGCUCAGCAUCGGAGCAGUAACAUUACCAGAUCCGCCAGCAAACGGAAUAGUCAGCAAGGCAAAUCAGGUCUGGGCGCCUCCAGCAACUCAAUGAAUGUGCUCAAUCAGGUUAGUGACUCGGAGCCGGAGGACAGCAAUCGAAUGCGCAGUGCGUCAAAUGGACAGAGUCGCAGCAAUGGACCCACGGCUGCCAAUCGACAGUACAGCAGCAAGAUAAACAACGCCAACAGCAAUCGACGCAAGACGCCAUUCAGCAGUGCAAUGCCAGAUGACUCCAGUUCGGAGGAGACGCCCAGUAUUGCUGCCAGCAAUAAACCCAUUGUGCCACCCAGGCCUCGCAAUUUGGGUUUCGAUCACAAGAACAAAAUGAACAGCAAUACUCCCAAUAAUGCGACUAAGCAGCGAGUCGGCAGCGUUGAGGACUACGAGGUUGCAGAGUCUGAGGCCCAGGUGCACAAUGUGAUCAAUAAGCUUUAUACGACCACGCAGGCGGCGAUGAAGCUGCACGCGAAUCUGAAGAACUCGUUGCUAUUACAGGAAUUGGAAAAGGCUGUGAUUAUGUCUCGUGAUAUGCUUGGAAACAUCACUCACAAUCGACAAAACGAGAAAACUCUGCCGAACAACAAUCAUAGUGGUGGAGGAGGUGAAAUCGGAGGUGGAAACAAUCGUGAACAGCAAUCAGGAACCGGCAAUCUGAACAAUGGCGACUAUCUGAUGAUGGUCAAUAACUGUGCCGAUUUAUUGAGCAACUUGCGAGUCAAGCACAAACCCGAUGAGUUUGAGAAUACCUCCUAGUGUGUAGCGACUAUAUUAGGUUAAUUAACUAAUUUCAACUAAAUGGGUUUAAACUAACUAAUAUUUAUUUAAAACAACAACAACAAACAACAAAAAACAAACAGAAAACUCAACCAUUUAACUGGAAAAUGGCAAACAACAAGACAACUACAACUACAACUAAAUUCAGCACCUACUACUAAUUUGUAAUUAAUAUUCAUUAAUAGAUAAUGUAAAGAUUUAAUUCGUUUUUAGUCAAGUUUGUAGCACUUAAGUAUUUGUUUAUUUGUGCGUGUGCAUUUUUUGUUUGGGCCCUUAUUUAUAUAAGAAUCAUAUUUGUAUAGCGUGAGUCCAAUUCUUUACGUGUUAGGGUCAAUAAGCAAUUCAUAUAUGUUAAGUGUUAUUUUAGUUAAGGGCGUAUAAAAAAAAAGACGAAAGCAAAGCCUAAAAACAGAACUGUAAAGGACGCCCAGAUUUAUGCGUCUUCUAUCUGCGUUUGCUUGUUUUUCUUUUUUUGUUUUUUUUUUUUUUUUUUUUGUUAAUGAAUUUGUCAUUCAUAUUCCAUGUAAAAGACGCAAACUCAAUAAGAUUAUCUGACAAGAAAUUGUUGUAUGAAAACUGCAUAUUCAAGUUUAUAUAAUGCGCCACUUGAGCGAUAAACAGGCAACAAAUUCAGACAAAUAUGACUUUGAAUUAUGAAGUGCUUAUAUAGAGACGUGCAUUUGAAUAAUCGCCGAUGACUUCCAAGAAUAUAAUGGUUUUUUGUUUUUUAAGAAGAACAUUUACAAUUUACAUGAAACUACUUGAAAGCACUCUGUUCUGUACAUUAAUAGUUAAUUAUUUAAUUGUAUUUACUACACUUAUAUCUAAACUUGCAACUAAAACUCGUUUAAAAUGUAUUAGACUUAAACAUAAACAAUAAACAAUAAAAUAAUGUAAAUCUAAAUACAAUUUAUGCAAACUAACUUAAUCUAGAACAAGCGAUAAUUCAAAUUAUUUAUGUCUUAUGUCACUUAUGCUACUUAUUCUAAAACUAAAACGAAAACUAAAACUAAAAGAUUACUAAUUCGAAAGCGAGUAAUACAAAAUGCAUAAUUUUUGAAAAUAAUAACAACGCUUUGAAUUUUUCUCACUUCAAUUCAAUUAACAACUAAAAUCUCAUCAAACUCCAGGCAACUUUAUGCUAAAUUCGAUUUAUCUCUCAAGUUGCUUAGUGCUUUGACUGGCCUGCAAGACGACUCCGACCUAUGCAAUAAAAAUGCUGUACACAUAAUAUGUAUGGACAAAUACAUACAUACAAUAAUGUGUAUUUUAUAUGAUGGGUAGUGGCAAAACCAAAUAAUAUCAAAUUACGUUACAAUAUACUCGAACUAAAACCAAUUAAGCAUUAAAGCAAAUUAUUAAUUGUGAGACUAUACAAAAAUAAAUAACUUGAUAUUUGGCAGUGACUUGAAAAA